AUGUCCAAGGAAGAAGAGAAUCCUGUCGAAACGGCGGACACUAACGACAACUCGAACGAGUCCAACUCCGACACGACUUCGUCCAACACGAAGGAACCGGACUAUGAUGCGACACUCGAAACGGACCGCGGCAAGCGGUUUGAGUUUUUGCUGAAGCAAACCGAAAUUUUCGCUCACUUCAUGAACUCGGCCCCCAGCAAGAGCCCCCCGAAAGCGCCCCGCGGCCGCAAACCGAAAGUGGACAAAAAUGCCGAUCCGGGCGACCACCGACACCGGAAGACCGAGCAGGAAGAGGAUGAGGAGCUGCUGGCCGCAACGAACGCGAAGGCGAAGACGGUGUUUCGCUUCGAAUCGUCUCCGCCGUACAUAAAAGCGGGCGAAAUGCGCGACUAUCAGAUCCGUGGCCUGAAUUGGAUGAUCUCACUGUUCGAAAACGGUAUCAACGGUAUUCUGGCGGACGAGAUGGGUUUGGGUAAGACGCUGCAAACGAUCUCGCUGCUGGGCUAUCUGAAGAACGUGCGCAACAACCACGGUCCGCACAUUGUGAUCGUACCGAAAUCGACGCUCCAGAACUGGGUGAAUGAGUUCGCGCGCUGGUGUCCGUCGGUGCGCGCCGUAUGUUUGAUCGGUGAUCAGGAAACGCGCAACGUCUUCAUCCGCGAUGUGCUAAUGCCGGGCGAGUGGGACGUGUGUAUUACGUCGUACGAGAUGUGCAUCCGCGAGAAGGCGGUCUUCAAGAAGUUCAACUGGCGCUACAUGGUCAUCGACGAGGCACAUCGUAUCAAGAACGAAAAGUCUAAGCUGUCGGAAAUUUUGCGCGAAUUCAAAACCGCCAACCGACUGUUGCUGACCGGCACGCCGUUGCAAAACAAUUUGCACGAGCUGUGGGCGCUGCUAAACUUUCUGCUGCCCGACAUUUUCAACAGCGCCGAAGACUUCGACAGCUGGUUCGAUGCGAACCAGUGCAUGGGCGAUAACUCGCUGAUCGAGCGGUUGCACGCGGUGCUGAAGCCGUUCCUGUUGCGUCGCCUAAAGUCGGAGGUCGAGAAGCGACUGCUGCCGAAGAAGGAGGUGAAAAUUUUCGUGGGCCUCUCGAAGAUGCAGCGCGAGUGGUACACCCGGAUUCUGUUGAAGGACAUCGACGUGGUGAACGGGGCCGGAAAGAUGGAGAAGAUGCGGCUGCAGAACAUUCUGAUGCAGCUGCGCAAGUGCACCAACCACCCGUAUCUGUUCGAUGGCGCAGAACCGGGCCCACCCUACACGACCGAUUAUCAUCUGCUGGAGAACAGUGGCAAGAUGGUGGUGCUCGACAAGCUGCUGCGGAAGCUGCAGGAGCAAGAGUCUCGUGUGCUCAUCUUCAGCCAGAUGACGCGUAUGUUGGACAUCCUGGAGGACUUUUGUCACUGGCGGGGCUUUCAGUACUGUCGGCUCGAUGGGCAGACGCCGCACGAGGACCGAUCGAACAUGAUUGCCGACUACAACGCGGAGAACAGCUCCAAGUUUAUCUUCAUGUUGUCGACGCGUGCCGGCGGAUUGGGCAUCAACUUGGCAACUGCCGACGUAGUGAUCAUCUACGACUCCGAUUGGAACCCGCAGAUGGAUCUGCAGGCGAUGGACCGGGCCCACCGUAUUGGGCAGAAGAAGCAGGUACGAGUGUUUCGCCUCAUCACCGAGAACACGGUCGAGGAGAAGAUUGUGGAGCGAGCGGAGGUUAAACUGAAGCUGGACAAGUUGGUCAUCCAGCAGGGUCGGCUUGUGGACAACAAAACGAACCACCUGAACAAGGACGAAAUGCUGAACAUCAUUCGAUUCGGAGCCCAUCACGUGUUUCAGUCGCGUGAUUCGGAGAUCACUGACGAAGACAUCGACGCCAUCCUGCAGAAGGGCGAGGAGAAAACGCAGGAACAGACCGCCAAGCUCGACAAGCUGGGCGAAAGCUCGCUGCGCAGUUUCACGCUCGAUACGGACAAUCUGGAAAAUCGAUCGGUGUACCAGUUCGAGGGCGAGGAUUAUCGCGAGAAGCAGAAACUGCAGACACUCGGCUCUUGGAUAGAGCCACCGAAGCGUGAGCGGAAGGCCAACUACGCCGUCGACGCGUACUUCAAGGAGGCACUGCGCGUAGCCGAACCGAAGGCACCGAAGGCGCCUCGCCCACCGAAGCAACCGAUCGUGCAAGACUUCCAGUUCUUCCCGCCCAGACUGUUUGAGCUGCUGGACCAGGAAAUCUACCACUAUCGCAAGACGGUCAACUACAAGGUACCGAAGAACCCCGAUCUGGGCGCCGAGGCGAACAAGGUGCAGCGCGAAGAGCAGCGUAAGAUCGACGAAGCAGAUGCACUGACCGAGGACGAGUUGAUUGAGAAGGAGUCGCUGCUGACGCAGGGUUUCACCAACUGGACCAAGCGCGACUUCAACCAGUUCAUCAAGGCAAACGAGAAGUACGGGCGGGAUGAUAUCGAAAACAUUGCCAAGGAGGUCGAAGGCAAAACGCCGGACGAGGUGAUGGAGUACAGUGCGGUAUUCUGGGAGCGUUGCCACGAGUUGCAGGACAUCGAGCGCAUUAUGGCGCAGAUUGAGCGGGGUGAGACGAAAAUUCAACGCCGUGCCUCGAUCAAACGCGCACUGGACAGCAAGAUGGUCCGCUACCGUGCACCGUUCCACCAGCUCCGAAUUGCGUACGCCAACAACAAGGGCAAAAACUACACCGAAGAUGAAGACCGGUUCCUGGUGUGCAUGCUGCACAAGCUUGGCUUCGACAAGGAGAACGUGUACGAGGAGCUGCGGGUCGCGGUCCGGUCGGCACCGCACUUCCGUUUCGAUUGGUUCCUGAAGUCCCGCACGGCACUCGAGUUGCAGCGCCGGUGCAACACGCUGAUCACGCUGAUCGAACGCGAAAACCAGGAGCUGGAGGAAAAGGAGCGGCUGGAAAAGAAAAAGAAAACGGGUGGUGCCGGAGGCGGCAGCGGUACCGGUGCUGGUAUUGGUGCCGGUGGCGGUAGUGGUGCCCAAAAGGCCAACCAAAAACGCAAAGCCGAGACAACGCCCACGGUACACGACAAGAACAAGAAGAAGAAAAAGGUUUAAGUAGAACGCAAGGAACUGGACGAUUUUAUGUAAUUAUUUUUAUUUACAAAAAGCAGCAAUACCGUUAAGGUCCCCCUUGUGAAACUUCCCAACUCCACAAGUGUGAGCAGCGGAACGUAAGGUUGCCAACUCUCGAUGGAUACUACCCCCUGAUGACGUAAAUCUCGGAGAAAUGGGAAACAUAUAUUUUAUUUGCUUUUUAGUCCGCAGAUUAGUUUUUUUGUCUUUUAGCUUACAGUGCACGGUGGCCAAGCGCCCACUACCCUUAGUGUCACUUUCUGUAGUACCAUCUCUACUAUUCCAUCGCGUCCAUCGUCCAUUUAGUAUGUAUUUUUCCCAGUACUUUAAGUAAAGUGUGAAUAUGAAACGAGUGAACGAGGCGUUACAUUUGAUUGACUACUAGAAGGAAACAAGCGUCAUGGAAAAAUAGCAAACAAAUCCCAGUAUUGCGCUUUUUCCCAUCGAUCGAGAAACGGUUCCCGCGCUUGACAAGUCUGAAGGCUGGAGGCUGAAAACAGUUGUUCCCGAAAGAGACGGUAUUGGAAGAUACGUUGUGGUUGUAGUUUGUAUCCACAGCAUUAAAUGGGCUUACUCUA